UUCAGAAGGCGGAUAAGAUAUGAAUAGAGAUGUUACAGUCAUAGAUAUAACUUUGUCGCGCAGCAAUUUUUUAGAGUUUCGAGAAGUACACCACAUUUGUCGCGAAGAGGUCAGUCAUCACAAUGUCGAUUGAAGACAGAUCAUUGGACGCUUUGAAAGAGGAAGGCACUGCUACAGUCAUAGAUGGUAGUAACGAUAAAUGGAACAGACAUGGCGACGCCCAACACCCGUUCAGGCUUUAUUCGAUGAAUCAAGGGGGCCUUGUAGCAGGACACUACUUGUAUAUUGAUGGAAACGGAUCCUUGAGAACAGAUGCGGCAAAGGAAAAUGAUGCUACUGGAUUUACAAUCCACAUGAUAGAAUCGGACGGGCAUCAAAUUGUUAUAUUGGAGCACAUAAAUACUCAGAAAGUUGUGGCGAUAGAUACAGAAAAUGACACUGUCAUUGCAAAGAGUCUUCCUACAGAGAAACCUUUAAAAAAGUUACAUAACUCGGAGGCCAUAAAUCCCGAGUGGGACAUUCUGUUCUACAAGAUACCAAUGUCAGAUAGGACAUCGCUGUUUCACUUGAAGUCGUACCGUGACGAUAAACGAAUGGUUGGAUUCGACAAGACAGGCGCUCCCAUGAGGACCACUAAAGUAGAUUUCAAGAACUUUGCAAGUAUCUUCAAGAUAGACCCCAAUUAAUGCCUUAAUUGUAAACUUUCAUUCCAUUAAUAAAUGAGGCUUAUCUUAGAUAAAUGGCGAAUARUGAACUGUUACAAAUAAUCUUACAAGUGUAGGUCGCCUGAAGAGUUUUAAGAUGGAAACCGCUUUGAUCAUUGUAAAGCUGACGCAUCAUUAAAAUAAAAUGAAUUUUGUCUAA